AAAGGCAACUCCAGGUUAAGUUUGUUGGAAAGUUUAGUCUGCAUGACUGCCGAUCCCAUAUCCUUGUGCUUUUGGAUUUGUUUGCAGCCCGAUCGCUAUGUCCCCGGCUCCCCCAUCUUCCGCGACGCCAGCAGCCCAACGCCCCACUCCGCCCUCGAGGGGCCUAUAACAUCGCCGCCCACCGCCUCCGCCUCGUCUGCCAACGUCUCCUCCCCAGGCUCCACAACAUCGGGAGCAGGUCCUGGGACAGGUACAGGAUUGUCCAGAAAUCGAGGAGCCAGAGCCAUGACGGCAUCCUUGGCUCACGCUCCACAAGGUAACCACAACUCAAGCAGCAGCCACUCCACUUCCGCCAAGUCAAAGCCUCCUGCUGGCUACAUGAGCACCCGCUCGGCAGCGAUGAUGGCUCUGGCUCUGGGCCAGUCCCCCAGCGACAAGUCGCCAUCAGCCCCGCGAGCCAACUCUCCAGCCCCGCCGUCCAAGCCGCAUGCCCAGAUACAGCCACAGAGCCAUAGCCAAUCGCCUCGUCCCAGUGCCAGAAGGAUCUCCAAUGCCUCGCCUCCGGUAAACGCCUCCAGAUCGAAGCCCUCAACGCCGACGGCCACCCGAGCAGCUGCCCAGUUAAACGGCAGCGGCAUCUUCUCCGGCGGCAGCAACUCCAGCGGCUCGGACAACGAUGGAUUCAGUACGUCCGGGUCAUCGGCGGCCACGGCUCUGCGAAGACUAUACUUCAAGAGCGGGCGCAGCAUCAAGAACAAGAUCAACGCCUCCACUUCCUCAGGCACGCCCCUGAACGGUCUGCCCCUUAAUCCGGUCUCCAGCGCCUAUCACAACUCGGUGGGCGGACCCAUGCAUAAUAUGACCACGGCGGGUGGAGUGCCCAAGCUGGUGGUCAUGGGCACCUCUUCGGCCUCCAUUCCGGACACAACCAUCAAUACAUCCACGGACUCGGCCUGCACGCUCAUCACGAAUGUGACCCACACGGACACGUCGGAGACGUGCGACUCCCUGGACCUGGGCGACAACUCGGGUCCAAGCGAGCCGCUGUUCAGCUCCCUGGAGGAGCCCCUGCUCACCGCCGUCCACAUCGAUUCGGAGCACGAGGACAGGGCGACGGGCGUCAAUGGACGUGGUGGAGGUGGUGCCACUGAGCUGGAACUAACGAGCUGCUCGAGGUAUCCGCCCAGGCCGGACAUGAAUCUGCAGGACAGCACCGAGAGCCAGGAAUCCUGUUUAUCCAUCCUGACCGGAGAACCCACUUCGACUACACCACUAUUAUCCUCGCAAAGGCGCCACCCAGCAGGCAGUCACUCGCCCGGAAGCCAACAGCGGGAAAGGCAACGGGAAAGAGAGCCCAGCACGGCACCUCCGCCAACCACCCGGGGGCGGGAGCACUUCACCUUUGACCCUCCGCAAUCGCCCAAGUCGGCGCGCAGCAGCGAAAAGUCCGCCAGUCACUUCUCCUUCAAGAGCUAUGCUAAUGAAGGGGGUCCUGGCGCUGGAGCAGGACUAGGAGCAGUUACUGGGACAGGAGGGGGAGGAAUUGGAGCCGGGGUUGGGGGUACCCCCAGCACAGUAGCCGCCAGCGAGGGCGACGAGGAGGAUGACGAACGCAGCGGCGAUAGCGUCGGCAAUCGCAGCAAAAAGUUACGUCCACGGGAUCGGGACCGGGACCCCAAUCACAUCUCGCCCAGUGUGUCGCCGUCGCACAGCCGUCGGGCUAGUCCCAAGCGGGAAAAGCGACGGACCACGCCCACCGCCUCCACGGGCGCCAUAGCCAAGGUCAGUUCGGCGCCGCCCACCAUGAAGGAGGGAAACUUCUUCGGCAGCUCCAUGAAACAAAAGCAACGGCAGAGCAAUCAAAAUGUUCCACCCCACCAGCUGUCGCCGUCAUCGACCUCGCAGCAGCAGCAGCGGAAGUACUCGUCCAGUUCCUCCAGCGGCAGCAGCGAAAGGUGCCUCAAGGAGGCCAUCGGUCCCGGCACCAUGUUCCCGUUCGAUCGGGAAGCCCUGGAUUACGAGCGGAUCCAGAGGGAGUGCUUUGCACCCAGCUCCACCACCACGGCAAGCAACAGCAGUGACUCCGAUGAGGCGGAGAACUGUUCGGUGUACGAGCGCAAGUCCGGGGCUGACAUCUUCCAGCAGUAUUCCCGACUCAGUCACCAGGAGCAGGCGCUGCAGCAGCACUAUCAGGACCAGCAACGGGACUGGGAACGGGAUCGUCCGCCAUCGCGCAAAAACUCCAAACGCAUCCGACCGGACUCUGUGAUCCACACGACGAUUCGGGAGAACCAGCAGUAUGUGCCGCAGUCGGACGCCUUCUAUCCCCAGGCCAAGUCCUCCUCCUCGCCCAGCGACCACUCCUACGCCGAGCUCAACAAGUUCGACGACAUUGCCAGCAAGUUCGAGCAGAUUCCUCCCAAGCACGGCUCUGGCUCUGCUUCCGGUUCGCGGUCGGGUUCCAUGCUGAACCUGCAUCACAUGAUGCCCAGUCCGGGCAGCGAAUCCGCCGUAAGUCCCACGGAUUCGGCCAGCAGACGUUCUUUUAAGAACAAGCAGCGCAACAAGGAGGAGCACUUCUACAUCCAAACGGAGGAUCGUACUGGUGGCAGUGGACCAAUUAAUGUGACUCCCAAUCCCCUCGAAGCAGCCGCUGUUUGCAAACAGCCACGAGCUACUAUUGUAGUCCAGCAACCAUCUCUGAGUCUGGACAACACGGUGGAGACGCUGCUGAUCAAGAACGAGGGCGACUUCAUCAGCGUGGAGCAGGGCAAGGAACUGGUGGCCAGAAAACGGAACUCUCAGCAACUUUCACAUCCGCCGUCCCAUCUGCAUCACCUUCCGCACCACGGCCACAACCAGUAUCAGCAUCCGCACCAUCAGCAGCAGCACAAGCGGGACGAGAACAUGCGCCAGCUGCUGGAUGUAACCAACACGCUCACCAUCGAGGAGCUGCGGGACUUUGAGAUGCGUUACGGCUCACCCCAUCACAGCCGCUCCCAGUCGGUGAAGAUGCCCGGAAGCAGAGCUUCUGGAAGACCGAAUCAGUUGUGCCUGCCCCAACAGAGAUCCAGAGUGGCAUCCAUGCCGAACACCGGAGUGGAGGAGGAGUACUACAGGCUGAGGCACUUUUCGAUCACCGGCAAGGGCGUGGUCAAUCGCGGCGACUCACUAAAGAGCCGUCGCAGUCGUUCCAACAACAGCGUGGCCAGUUCGAAUUCCAGCACCGAGCACCUGACCGCCCAGCAACAGCUAUCCGCCCCCACAUCCACCUCCGCACGUACUUCGCUGGCAUCCAGCCGGGAAAGCAGCACCUCGAAUCCGGGCAAUGGACCAUACAGGGUCCUGAUGCUGGGCGGCCCGGCGGUGGGAAAGAGUUCCCUGGUGUCGCAGUUUAUGACAUCGGAGUACCUGCAUGCUUAUGACACGAGCAUUGAUGAUGAGUCCGGCGAGAAGGCCGUUUCAGUAUUACUCAGUGGCGAGGAGUCCGAGCUGAUAUUCAUCGACCAUGGAUACACCGAAAUGACGCCCGAUGAGUGCCUGACCAACUACGAUCCGCACGGAUACUGCGUCAUCUAUUCGGCGGCGGACAGGAGCAGCUUCAGCGUGGCGGAGCAGGUACUGCAGGUGCUCUGGACCAAUCAGAACAUCGCCCAGAAGGCGGUCAUCCUGGUAUCCAACAAAGCGGACCUGGCCAGGAGUCGCCUGGUCACCUCUGAAGAGGGCAAGGCCAUGGCCACCGCCUACGAUUGUAAAUUCAUCGAAACCUCGGUGGGCAUCAAUCACAACGUGGACGAGCUUCUGGUGGGUCUGCUAUCUCAGAUACGGCUCAAGCUGGAGAAUCCUGAAAAGUCCAGGGAUCUGUUCCGGAAGCGUUCGAUUAGAAAGUCAAAGCGCCGGGCUUGUUCGCCACUGAAUGCCGGCUGCUUGAAUGCCAACACCCCGCUGGGUCCUUUGGGGGAGGCGGUGGGCACGCCCCCAGGCAGUGCGCAAAGCAGCCCCCGCAAAUAUCGUGGCUCACGAACCUCCACUAGUCUGAAGGUGAAGGGUCUGCUGGGACGCGUCUGGACGCGGGAUUCCAAGUCGAAGAGUUGCGAGAAUCUGCAUGUGCUCUAAAAUCGGAACAAAAAACAAGAAAUACAAACCAGAAUCCGCCACCCACAACAUAUAUAUUUCCUAUAGAGUACGCCAGAUCCUAGACCUAAGUUAUAAAACAGACUCGACACUUACCGGGGGUAUUUCAUUCCCAAGAACUGUAUAUAUUGUGUAUAAUUUUAGUUUUAGUUUACGCUAGUCAUUUGCCCUAUUUAUCGCUGUAUAUAGUUUGUCUAAAUAUAAAACUAUUAUUUAUAAUUCGUUUCUUAUCGUUUUCGUUUUAUUUUACCUUUAAGCAUGAGUUGGGAUUCUUUUUCGGGACACCAUUUACCCCCAUUUCGACUGGAUCAAAAAAGUUAUAUGUUUUGAUUGAAAGAACUCAAAAUACAAUGGAAACCAAAUUCAAAAAGCAAUAAUUUUUCGAAAAAAAAACAAAAUAAUAUUUUACCUUUAGUAGAUGAAAAAGUUCUAAGAUACCAAUUGUACUGAUUUUGCAACGGUUUGGCCCUUGUGCGCCGAAUGGAAUUUAUUGUUAAUUAUAUAUGUGUAGUUAUAAAUUUUUAAUGGUAAUUGAAUUGCAUUUUAAACUUAUAUAAAUAUUCAUAUUAUUGUUAAAUGUUCAGUAUUCGGAGAAGAGCAGAAAAAAAACCAAAUAUUUAACCACUUUGUGCAAUUUUGCUUAAAUAGAACUAGGAAUUUCUUCACAGUUGUUAACAUUAAUUAGACGAUUUUUUUUUGUUUUUUGGAUAAAGAAGCCCAUCGUGCAUCCACAACCGGCACGUCCUAGGUUUCUCAUGUUAGUCGGGACCAUUUUCGAAAUUAAUCAAAGAUAACAAAGAAAACUCUAGAUUUACACAGAAGGGCUAUAUUUAGGUUCGUGUCAGAGUAGUUUUACAUUAGUUGAACAUGUGAUUUACACAAGGUCCACAAAAAAAUAUAGCAAGCAAAAAAACCUAAAACAAAAAUCGAGAGCAAAUGCAAAACAUUUUUGUUAAUAAAAUAUGUAUAUUAUGCGACGACCUACUGUAUCAAAUAUUGAGGUCGGAUGGAUACGAUUGGAGUUUUGAGAUUUUUAACUAUGAAUGUCAACACAGCUUAGGGCUGCACACUAUACCCAUAAUCUAGAUGUCCAUUAAUUUAAGUAUUAAGUUAAUUAAUACUUCAUUAAGUAUUAUAAUCACCAACAAUUGCAGCAGCACAUUGGAAUUAAUUGGAAAAGUGUUCUGGCCUAUAUCAAGGAACGAGAAUCGGUUGGAACUUUGAAGGAAUCCCCAGCAUCCUUACAUAUGUGUACUAUACCAAUCCUAUACAAAGAAUAGACAAAUUAUAUACAUAUAUAAUAUAUAUAUAUACAUAUAGAUGUAAUUGCAUUUUUGUCUCGUCACCUGCGUAUUAUUCUAGCUCAAAACAUUUAAGAAUAAAUUCGAGCCGAAAAAAUAUUUAGGACAGUGAUAGACCACUCUUGAAUUGCACAGAUUGUACAACAGUUUAUAUAAGGAGAAGCGAAAGUCAGCCAUAAUUUUAAGAAGUGGCCAUGUGGUGAAGGAUAAUCAAUUGAAUGCAUGUUUCAAUUUUCUCACUCCGAUAAUAUGUGUCUAAUGAGUGUAUAAUAAAUGUGAAAAGUUAAAUUUCAA